AUGCCUAUUAAUCAACCUUCAGGCCAGAUUAAACUGACAAAUGUGUCGCUAGUUAAACUGAAAAAACAAAAGAAAAGGUUUGAAAUUGCCUGCUACCAGAAUAAAGUCCAAGAUUACCGUAAGGGCAUCGAAAAGGAUAUAGAUGAAGUUUUACAAAUCCACCAAGUCUUCAUGAAUGUAUCAAAGGGUCUUGUUGCUUCAAAAGAAGACUUACAGAAAUGUUUUGGUAGUGUCAAUAUAGAUGACAUUAUUAAGGAAAUCUUGAAUAAAGGUGAAAUCCAAUUAUCUGAAAAGGAAAGACAAUUGAUGUUAAAUAAAAUCAAUAAUGAAAUGCUGACCAUUAUUAGUGCCAAAUGUAUAAACCCAGUGUCGAAGAAAAGAUACCCUCCAACCAUGAUUCACAAAGCAUUACAAGAAUUGAAAUUUAACCCCGUAAUAGGUAAACCUGCAAAGUUACAAGCAUUAGAAGCCAUCAAGAUAUUGAUUGCCAAACAAAUUAUUCCAAUUGUAAGAGCUAGAAUGAAAGUUAAAGUACUUGUAACCUCCCAAGAAAACUCCGAAGUGAUUGAAAAAUUGACACAAAUGAUAAGUGGGCCUAACAAUGCUGGAAAUGCAUCUUCUACUUGGGAACGUAUAGGUUUAAUCGAUCCAGUCAACUAUAGAGAUUUGGUUUCUCUGUGUAAUGGAAACGGUACUUUGCAAGUCUUGGACAUGGCUGUUAUUGAUGAUUCCAAAUAA